AUGUUAACUGGUAAAAGAUCUUAUUCAAUGACAGCUUAUUUUAAUACUAUUAGUGAUGAAAAAUUUGAUCAUCAGUCAGCGAGACAAAUGAUAUACUUCAAAACACGUAGAAAAGAAAUUGAAGAUACACCAUUGAACGAACCCUUAUCUCAUGAUAUGUUGACAUCGAUGAUUAUCAAAAAUACACUUCGUGAUGGUAAUUAUAUCGAAACCGAUGAAGCCAAUAGAUCCAUGACUGAUAGUGAAAUUCGCGUCAAUUUACUUGAUAGAAUUUCUAAUGGAAUGCACAAAAUAAAUUUUUAG